UUAUUAUAAAAACAAGGAUAUGAUGUUGAUGUUGAUUAGUUCUGUCAAAAUUAAAAGUUUACAGUUAAACGUGGAAAAAAUCAUAAAUAUUAGAAUUUCAAUAAAAUAUAUAAGUUUUCAUUUUUAUGUUAUGAGUUUGCAAUAUUUGGAUAAAGUUAUAGUUUUAAGUUUAUAAUUCUUACGAUCGAUGGAUACAGACGGUGACGCCUCAGUAAACAAUAUAGACAAAUCUGAAAGUAAAACCAAAGCUAAUACUGUUUAUUUUGGUGUAUUUAUACCCUACGAUAAUAGUAAGCAGCCUAAUGUAUUUGAGGACAAAGAUGCUGCACUGAAAAUAGCAAAAAAGUUUAAGAAGUCUAGAUUUAAAGCCUUUCAAUUUUAUCAUGAAGCAGUGGAAUUUUCAUAUAAUGGAGCAGAACAUCCAAAUAAUACAGUUUCUAUUGAUGGUAUCGAAGGCGAGAAAAAAGAAAAUUCAUCUGCAGGAGAGAAAGCUAGUCCAUUUAGAACUCCUAGGCCACAGGAAUUAAUUGAAUUUCGAAAUAAAAUUGAACAUGGAAACCUUAUUAGCAUUCAAGAGAUGAUUGAAUACAAUCCUCGUUAUUUAGUGAGCAGUGGAGAUACUCCAUCAAUUUUACAAGAGGGUGCAAGACUUAAUGCUCUACAUGUAGCUGCUAAGGAAAGAAAUGCGGCUGUCGUUGAACUAAUUUUAAAUACCAUUAGUAAUCCAGAUUUUAUAAAAAAACUUUAUGGAGAUGAUAACCAAGAAAAUGCUGAGCAAAGAUGCAAAAUGCUUCUCGAUCUUUAUUUAAAUACGCCAACUAAGGGUGCUAAUGACACACCGUUACACAUGGCUUCAAAAUGGGGAGCCGAGAAAGUGGUGGAAGUGCUGCUGUCUUAUCCCGAAUGUGAUAAAACAAGAAGAAACAAAUUUAACUUUUUGGCUGAAGAGGUAGCUUGUGAAAGAACUUGCAGAGUGCCUUACGGGGUUAAGGAAAGAAUACAAAAAUUAUUAUGUGAUAACUAUUACGUCCCAGUAUUGAGAACUGAAGAUAAUUCUAUGCCUCCUUUAGUUGGUGAACCUUUUUCACCUUCCAGUCCUCCAACUUUGAAUAAAGACCCACUCAGUCCAAGAUUGGAGAUUCAUGCUUAUGCAGGUCCAAUGGAGAGAAAAGAAGCUGAAUCUUUCAGGAAAGUGUGGAAAACUCCACCAAGAUCACUAAAUUUGAAUUCACCUCUAGGGAAAAAAACUUUAUCCGAUAAUUUAAGCUCUAUAAGAUUAAAGGAUCCCGAAAAGGGCCUGGAAAGAAUAGGAAACCAACUGGCCAAUAAUUACAACGUGUCGUGGAAGGAAUAUUGGGAGUUUCUGGAUUGUUUCAUUGACAUUUCCUCUGAUGAAGGAUUAAAUAUAUUGGAAAAACAUCUUCAAAAUAAGAUGCAUGAAUAUCAAGAGGCUUUUGAAGUAUUUUCUCCACUACCGCACAAGUGUGACAGCAUUGUGAGUCCUAUUACUAGCCUCUGUAAUGCGUUUUCCGCUUGUAGAAUUGAAGAUACGCCUCCGAUCGACACAAAACAAACAUGUCAUCCUCUUGUAUAUGUCGAUAAAGCUUGUCAAGUGUUUGCUUGUCGAGUAGUGUCUAAUGUCUCAAGCGUUUUAAGUAGUACUGAAUGUGCCUAUGUGGGCAUCGCAAGAAAUUCGGAAACAGAUGUGAAACUCUUAGAAUUGCUCAUGAGUAGCUAUAUGGAGGAUGAAAGGUUUACGGAAUGGGUCAAUUUUCAAAAGGUCCAUUCAAGAUUAGCAAAUCUUGUGGCUAGGAAACUGAUUGACAGUUCAAGUAAAGACUGCAAAAGACUUCAGUUUGUGUCAAAGUUAGAUGGAUUUUUAGAGAAUAUUGUGAAAAGGUCAGACUAUUUUUCUUCAGAUGAUGAGGGACCCCAUGGAAAGGAAGCUAUCAAUAAACCAACAGUUUAUAGGAAGCAAGUUGUAUGCUUAUGGUCUAGAAUAAAAAAUGAAUUAGAUUCAGGACAAAUCUAUUCAGAUUCUCAGGUUGAGGAACCUCAAAUUGUUAAUGCCUGGGAUUUAUUUGAUGCCUGCAAUUGCAUUUUCCAUCCUAAAAAGCCAAAGAGAAACAAUUUAUCAAGAAACAGCAGUUUGAAAAAUCAUUCCAAGUCUAGAAAAUAUCAUUUACAAGGAAUUUCAAAGAAACUCACUUUUGGAGACGAUUCAUUGAACUCUAGUAAUGUGAGUGAUACGAAUGGGGACAUUGGACUCGGCUUUAGCGACAGUUCUAAGUCCGACACAGAAGAUGAGUUUUUUACUCCGCCAUCUUCACCUUCAAAGCUCAACGCCGACUCUGAUUCGAAAGAGGAGUAUAGCGAUGCCGAAUCGCCGAAACUAGAAGUUUUUUUGGAAGGAGCUCAUCCGACUAAAACUGACUGUGCCGUCUAUAACGCCUUGCAAUUUGCCAAAUGUAAAAUUGAUGAAAAGACAAAUCCUCUGGUUUACAAAUGGAAUCAUUCAAUCAGUCUUUACUCGGCAGCGGAGAGAGAAAGUUGGCCAAUUCCUCAUAAACCUACUUCACAUUUAUUAGACCAAGAUGAGCCUCAGAGCCCCCUUGCCCAUAAGCCUUCGUGGCUAAGAGUUACGGGAACAAACUCGCCUAAAGCGGCGAUCAAGUCAUACAGCUACCAUCAUUGAUGAUUUUCUGAUGUAUAGUUAAAUCUCUGUAAGGCAUUUACGUCCAAUUGACACUUUAUCUUAUUACGUUUAGAAAGAGCAUACUACGUUCUUGUUUGUUUAACUUGUUUUAAAGCUGUUAUUAGUUUGUUAGUGUAAUGUUUUUUCAUUUUAUAUUUAACUUUGUUUCGUGAGACGAAAUGCUGUAUAUUUUAACUUAACAGACAAUAAUUCUAAUUUUUUAAUAUGUAUACAGAUCUAUAUAAUUUUUGCAUUUAAAUUUGAGCACGUGCCAACCACAUUUAAAAACAAUAUUUACAAAGGAAAAAUAAGUUCAUGAUGUAACAUAUAAAUAAUGCAUUUGUGUUUGGUCUACAUGAUACCUAAUUAUUUUACACUGAUGAUUUUUUCUUAAUGAUAAUAAUCCCGCUCUAAACUAAUGUUUAAGAUGUAGAUAUAUUGGUUGUGCCUAGGAGAAAAUGUUCACAAAGAGAUAUAGAUAUAUUUUCAUAUUUAUUGAUAAGUUGCUAAACUAUUACAUUUUUUA